AUGAGUCUCCCCGACGAACGCUUCCACCCUAACGCAACAGGACUCGCCGCCGAGACAGUGGCGAAACACCAAGAUCCUCAAGAUUUAGUAUUCUACGCAGGAUGGUUUUGUCCAUUUGUUCAGCGAAGCUGGAUUGCGCUGGAGGAGAGAGGCAUACCAUAUCAAUAUAAAGAAGUAAAUCCGUACAAGAAGGAAAAGCACUUUCUGGCGAUCAAUCCCAAGGGAUUAGUCCCAGCUGUCGAGUAUAAGGGAGUCGCCCUAUACGAAUCGCUUGUGCUAAACGAGCUGUUCGAAGACGCAUUCCCAAACUAUACUCCAAGCUUACUUCCAGCCGACCCCAUUGCACGAGCACAAGGACGUAUAGCUAUAGAUCACCUCUCUAAAACGUUCCUCCCCGCAUUCUUUCGCUUGCUUCAAUCCCAAGAGGUGGAAAAGCAAGAAGCCGCGAAAAAUGAUGUGUACGAAGCCCUGCGGACGUUCGCGAAGCAAAUCAAGGGUCCAUAUUUCUUCGGAGAGCAGUUUAGCUUGGUAGAUGCAGCGAUCGCCCCAUGGGUUGUGAGGGAUUACAUUGUCAUCGAGCACAGAAGGUUUAAGCGUGACGAAGUGAGCGAUGCAUGGAAGAAGUACGCGGAGGUAAUCGAGAAGAGAGAUAGCGUUUUGAAGACUUCUAGCGACAAGGAACACUAUACCGAGAUUUAUGGUCGGUACCUUCGGGACGAAGCUCAGAGCGAGGCAGCCAAAGCAACUCGGGCAGGUCGGGUUAUUCCAUGA